AUGGACCCAGCCUCUGUGGCUGCUACAGCAGAUACCCCAGCACCAGCAUCGCAUACCCCCAAGCCAUUCUCCCAACGCAUACGCCUCUGGCUACGUCUCUGGAUGUUCAAACUCACCAUCCGAUCUCUCCUCGGUACUCUACGCUUCUUCCGCUACAAAGGCAUGGGAAGCCUCCAACCUACCUACCGCAAAUCCCUAGGCUCUGCAGGCCUAAUCCACGAUAUUUGGAUCCCUGAUGUCGCAAAGCAGGGUCAGAAAUUACCACUGUAUAUCGAUAUCCAUGGCGGUGGCUUUGCUAUCGGCGACCCCUUCCACGACGAAACCUGGUGUGAGUUUUUGAGGAAGAGNGGGGUGGUGGUUGUUUCUUGCGAUUAUAGGAAAGCGCCUGGGUAUUGUUUUCCUACUCAAACAAACGAUUUGAUUGAUAUUGUACGCGAUAUCCUCAAGGAUACAUCGCUGCCUAUCGAUACCUCCAAGAUUGCCAUGGGAGGCUUUUCUGCAGGAGGAAACUUAUCGCUGUCGGUUGCACAGGAAACCUCUCUGCAGGGAAAAAUCAAGGGAUUGCUGCUUUGGUACCCUUCCACGGACUUCAGCGGCAAGUAUAGGGGAAGAAUGAGGGAUGCACCAGAUGGAACUCCUGAUGUGCUUGCUAAGAGCGGAGAUCUGUUUACCUAUGGCUAUUUGCCUCAUGGAGUUGAUCUCUGUAAUCCUCUCCUCUCCCCCAUCUACGCAGACCGCAAACUGCUACCCCUAAAACUGCGCUUCGUGGGUGCAGAGUACGAUGUCCUUUGCAAUGAAGCCGAAGAAGCCGCAAAACUGUACUCAGAGCAUGAAAAAGCCGACAAACAAGAUGGCGACACGCAAGAAGACAAGAAACAGGGCGUCCAGACGUGGAGAAAGGGUAAUGUGUGGUGGGAGAUGGUGUUGGGGGCACAGCAUGGGUUCAACUAUGUUCAAAAGAAGGAACCUGCGGCUGAGAGGGAGAGAAAGAGGAUUACUGAGUUGGCUUAUGAGAGGGCAUGUGAGUGGUUGAAGACAGAGAUCUAUGCUUGA